CCUUCCGCCAACGCGGGUCGGAAACCGGAGCCCAGAGACGGGGACGCCAGGCCCGGAGCCGAUGCGCUCCUACCCGCUGGCUAGGCGCCCCCAGGGUUUUGGCCAAAUUGGGCGAGGGCACAAAGUAACCACUUACCCCUUCUCACCGAGGACGAACGGGGGAAAGGGUAUGGCACUGUCUCAAGGCUGGGUGAAGAGAUACUUCAAGGCCUUUUGUAAAGGCUUCUUUGUGGCGGUGCCUGUGGCAGUGACUUUCCUGGAUCGGGUUGCCUGUGUGGCAAGAGUGGAAGGAGCAUCAAUGCAGCCUUCUUUGAAUCCUGGGGGGAGCCAGUCAUCUGAUGUGGUGCUUUUGAACCACUGGAAAGUGAGGAAUUUUGAAGUACAACGUGGUGACAUUGUGUCAUUAGUGUCUCCUAAAAACCCAGAACAGAAGAUCAUUAAGAGAGUGAUUGCUCUUGAAGGAGAUAUUGUAAAAACUAUGGGACACAAAAACCGCUAUGUCAAAGUCCCCCGUGGUCACAUCUGGGUUGAAGGUGAUCAUCAUGGACACAGUUUUGACAGUAAUUCGUUUGGGCCGGUUUCCCUGGGACUCCUGCAUGGUCAUGCUACUCACAUCCUGUGGCCUCCAGAGCGCUGGCAGAAAUUGGAAUCUGUUCUUCCUCCAGAGCGCUUGCCCAUUCAGAGUGAAGAGGACUGCCUGCGUGGAUCUCCCUGAGCUGCUGCUAUGGGGAGGCACCACCACCAACCCCAGGAAGAGGGAUGGAGAAGAGGAACACCAUAGGGGCAAAGCUUCCCCCAAGAUGAUGCAGUGCAAGAAACAUUUCUAUCAGUCACAUUAAGAUGAUCUGUAUUAGUAGAGAAAGAGUUUUAAAAUAUUUAUUAAACAGUAUUAAAUGUCACCUGAUUUUGUGUUAAAUUGUAAUACCGUUUAAUGCCCAAAAAAUGCAGACCUUUGGGAAUAUGAAAAUUUUAUUCCCAUAUUUCUCAAAGGGGAUAAAUUUUGGAUUUUUUUAUGCAUACAUAUUCUAUUGAUUGUUAGGUUUUGAUUUUGGAGCUUGCUGCUGGAAGGAUAUGAAGACUAAUAUUUACUUCCAUCACAUAACAUUACUCAGUUACUCUUAAGAUGGAAGAUAGAUGAAGAAACAUUAUACACAUAGUGUUUGUUAGGAAUUAUAAUUGACAGUAUCUACAAUGCAGUGACUGUCAGUUAGGAAGAACAGUAAACUAUGAUGUAAAAAUAAAACACUGAUUUGUUCAGGUACUGUUUUGGGUGUUUAUUAUUUGACCUGUAAUAAUCAUCCAUUAAUAAGGAAUACAUUCUCUCUUUGGGAAGGAAGGAAGUAAUGGGGAAUCAAUUCUCUCAAUAUUUUCAUAUAGCCAAAUCUUUCUUACUGGCCCUUUUUUUUAAUCCAGAACUUCUUAGUGAUCUCAUGCCUAUUCACAUUGAUGAGUGAACCUAUUUGUCAAUAUUCGGUUACUGUUUGGUAAAAUGUUCUGAGUGAAAUGGAAAAAUCACUCCAGAUCAAACAAGUUUGAUUUUUUUCCCUCCCAAUGAUUUUUCAGUGCUCAUGUCUAUAAUUCUGAAAUCACUAUUGAAAAGUGGAGUAAUAUUGGCAUAAUAGAUUUUAUAAUUGUAUAGCUAAGGAGGUAAAUUCCCUGCAUGCAAGUCUAUAUGUAUGAAGCUUUUCUUUUUUUCCUCCCAUUGGUUGGAGGUUUGUGCUUAUGGAAACUACAUCUCUAGCUCAA